AUGGAUCAGGCGUUCGAGCUCCCUGACUCCACCGAUUGGUUGGAAACGCCACUUUCACUACUUGCGCCGUUCGAAUCCUCAUUACGAUGUCAAGUCUGCAAAGACUUCUUUAAUAACCCCGUUAUUACUUCCUGCAGUCAUACAUUCUGCUCGUUAUGUAUUCGCCGUUGCCUUAGUGCGGAAGGCAAAUGUCCGGCGUGUCGGAGCUCCGACCAGGAGCUCAAACUUCGUCGCAAUUGGGCAGUGCAGGAACUCGUCGACGCGUUUCAAUUGGCACGGCCUAGUGUACUCAAUCUUGCGAGGAGUGAAAAUGCGCGCCUGGCUCGGGGAGAGGAAGAGAUAGAAAAGCCGGCCCAAAAGAAGCGGAAGAUCAAGCAGGCGGAAGAAAAGGAGCUACAGGUCCCAGAAACAGAUUCGCAAGGCCGGCGGACUCGCUCUGGAAGAUCCAUAAAUAGCUCUGCAGAAGAGCGAAUUGUUCCUCAUAUUAUGCCCGAGGUCAUCGAGGAUAGUCAGGAUGAUGAAGAAUAUAUGCCUGAAGAUGGGUUGGUUGCUUGCCCAAUAUGCUUUCGCAAAAUGAAGGAAGAGGCAGUGUUUCCACAUCUGAGUAUCCACCAACAGGAAGAAGAAGCUCCUGUGAAACCCCCUACUAAGCCAGCAUCUUUCGGGUCAUUAAAAGGCCCAUCCCAAAGAGGCCCCGCCCUCCCCAAUAAACAGCCCGAGCGGCUUCCGGCUAUAAACUACUCCAUAUUAAAGGAUAACUCUUUGCGGAAGAAGCUCCGAGAUCUCGGAAUCCCAGACUGGGGACAGAAACAGCUGUUGCAGAGACGUCAUACGGAGUGGAUGAACUUGUGGAAUGCAAAUUGCGACUCCAAAUACCCCAAGUCUAAGCGGAUAUUGCUCCAGGAAUUGGAAGUUUGGGAACGCACACAGGGUGGGCAUGCGGUGACGCCGUCAGCAUUCAGCACUUCCAGUAAUGUGAUGCGCAAGGAUUUUGAUGCCAAUGAGUGGUCAAACAACCACGAUGAUGAUUUCAAACGUUUGAUCGCGAACGCGCGCAAAAAGAGUGAGGCCCAAGUACGAUCGACUAUCCCUGGAGCAUCUCCGUCUUCAUCUGAGCAAAGGGAACCACAACCCCAGCACCCUGCUAGAAUACCAGCGAAUGGUGCACGCAUUGAGUUCAAUCCAGACACCGAUGCCAAUCAUGUUGUUGACUUAUCUGGGUGA